AUGGCCACUCAGGAGGCCAGCCCAUUGCUGUCGGGGCCCAGCCCUGGGGCAUCGUCCUCGGAGGACUUGAUGAACAAGCAGAUGAGCGCGCUGGAAAAGAAACGGUAUUUACGAAUGCAGUCUCUCGAAGCUGACUACCGGGAGAAGGGCUACGCGACUAAUUGUUUCUGGAAGUACAAGCUCCAGGUGGCCGAAUUCUACAACACAGACGCUACCCAGUGGAUUGUGGCGGGACUCAUCAUUUCGAAUUUCGUUGCCCAGUGCAUCCAGAGGGUCAUAGACCCUUGCAUGGGCGGAGAGCCGGACUUGGAACACCACGGGAAUAUCUGGAAGAUGGUAUCCAACUUCUUCAAUGUAAUCUUCCUGAUCGAGCUCAUGAUCAACCUGUACGGCUGCUGGCUGUGUCCUACGUGGAUAAAGGAUUCAUGGAACCAGUUCGACUGUGUGGUGGUGGCCCUUGGUGUGGUCGACCUGUGCGGGUUUGACUAUCCGGGCCAGCUCCGCCUUCUUCGGAUGCUGAGAGUGUUCCGCAUAUUUCGCCUCUUCGCGCGCUUCGAGGGCUUGCAGCAGAUCGUGUUCUGCCUCAGCGCCUCCCUUCCGGACGUCGGGAGUGCGGCCAUGAUCAUGGUCAUGAUCAUGUGCAUCUUCGCCGUGCUGGCCGUGGACAUAUUCAGUGGCGUCUACAGCGGCGAGGCCAGUGAUAGCGACAAGUGCACCUACGACAGCGGCGACUACGGCAUCUGCCUGGCCCAGUGCACCGAAAACGAGUCUGUCGGCAUCACUCCACGUGGCCAUUGCUGGGGCUACGAGUAUUAUGGCACAUUUGGAAAGGCUUUUUACACACUCUUUCAGAUAACGACGGGCGAGUCUUGGUCUGAGGCGGGCAUACGGCCGGCAUUGAUGUUUUUCAGGGGGGACGGUGUGGUCAUUAAGCUUGUGCUGAUGCUCCUGGUGUUCAUGUAUGUGAUCGUCACCUCCUGGAUCAUGUUGAACGUCGUCGUGACCGUCUUGCUGGACAAGUUUUCGUCAUUCGAUAGCGCCUCAACGUCCGACGCUCCAAAGCCGCCCAAGGAUUUGCGGGACGCCUUUGACCAGAUGAAGGCGUCAGUCGACAAGGACAUGGACACUCUGCAAGCGACCAUCGAGGGCUUGGUAGAGGAGCUCAAUAAAAAGAAAAAGUGGUAG